UCAUGUCUGAGUAGUUAUAUUUUUAUAAUGCAGCUGCUGAGGUUCCUUCUUAGGUGACAGCAUAGUUUCUUAAUUUCCCUCAAUUCAUAUCUAUGAUUUUACAGUGCAGCAAUAAAUCCUUUCUAGUAGCAGUAAAUAUUUUCAGAGUAAUGUAAAUUAUGGGACUUAAGACUAAGUAAGAUAUAGUUGGUUAUAGUUCAUGAAACACCCUCCCUUCAUUACUCAGACUGAAGCCCUCAUUUUGUCCUGCCGUAACACUCCUUCUUCAUUCAGACCUGAUGGUGUGGGGACCGUCCUGGCAGAAGAGAAGGAGCGCUUCCAACACAUCAAGGAGAGACUAAGAGUCUUACUUGAACACCAAAUUACAAAUUUUAUGUAUUGUUUCCCAUUUGGUCGACCAGAAGGUGCCCUUAAAGCCACAUUAUCUUUACUUGAACGGGUGUUGAUGAAGGAUAUAGUUACUCCAGUUCCACCUGAAGAAGUGAGAGGCAUGAUUAAGAAGUGCUUAGAAAAUGCUGCUCUCCUCAACUACACUCGUCUCUCAGCAGAAACCAGAAUUGAGGGUGGUGAAUCAACCCUUCAAGGAGUUGCAGAUCCAAAGGCCUGGCUUAGGAGUGAUCCUGAGCCACAUAUACUAGCAAGAUCAAGAUCAAGAUCACAAGAACAGCAGCAGCAAUGAAUGGAGGUUGCCUCAAUGAAUGGAGGAACCAGGAUGAGGAAAAAGAAGAGAGAGUGGAGCAGAGCACCCAGACAGAAAACCUGAUGAAAGAGGCAGAAGCACAGACGACGAAGACUGAAGAGAGAAAAGACCGGCAAGAAGUGGUGGAAGUGGCCAGAACAGACAGACGCCCAAGGAAGAAGAGAAUGGUAAUCAAGAAAGCCCCACUACGUGUCAUUGGAGACAGCAUGGUAAGGAAGACUCCCGACUUUGUGAGAAGGGAAAUUGAGUGCACCAGCAUGGGAGGUGCUAAGAUCCAAGACGUCAAGAGGAAAGCCAAGGAAGAAGUGCAAGAAAUGGAAGAGAGAAGCCUGCUAGUUGUCCAAGGAGGAGGCAACAACUUAGUAGAGGCAAGUGCUGAAGACACAGUAAAGGAAGUGAUAGAAGCAGUGAGGGCAGCAGAAGAGAAGAUGUGUGUGGCUGUGGUGGGGGUCCUGCAGCGCCCACGGGAAGGAGUGCAGCAUGAGAGGGUCAGAAGAGAAACGAACCGCAAGAUAUGCAUGGAACUCAUGAAGGUCAAGAUGGAAUGGAUGACAGAGAAGAAGGGCAACAUGAGCUUCCUGGACAUGGAUGGGAUCCUCGACCAGGACAAAUUCUUCGGGAGAGACGGGGUCCACCUCAACCACAACGUGAAUGAGAGGCUAGGACGUCGACUGGCCGAGUGGAUGAGGGCGAGGCAGGUGUGUUGUGUGGACGACGCAUGAUGAGGAGGACCCACUGAUGUCAGCAAACAUGGAAGAAAAGAGCAAGUAAAUGUGUGAAGAUUGGCUGUAUGAAUGUGAGAGGAUGGGGUGUGGGCAAGUUUGAGGAUGUAUGCAAGGAGCUCAGGGAGUGGAGGUUUGACUCAGUCGGGCUCACUGAGACUCACCUGAGAGAUGAUGUACGAAUGGAGGGAUGCGAGUACGUUAUGAUUGGAAAGGGGCGUAAGGCACAGGAAACACUGGGAGGAGGCGUAGCCCUACUCUACAAGAAAGAAAGAGGACUGAAAGUAGAGGAGAUUGAUGUGGGGGAGUGUACAAGUAGUGAGGAUGUGCUUGCAGUCAGAGUGGAAUGCAUGGAUGGUCAUGGCAGA